CGGUUUGAUCCCUCUACAUCCUCCUCCUUCCAUCUCUCUGCAAAUCUUCAUCUGCGAUUGCUGGCAACUGGGUUUGACAAAAAAUCUAAUCUAACCAUAACCAAAGCAUAUCAUUCCUCCUCUUCAAUCACCUCCCUUGACAUCACCGAUCACUCCUUCUCCUCUUUGAUUUGAACAGCGUCAUCGCCGUCAAUAACAGCGAAUUUGAUGAUCUAUUCAUCGCCAUAUCGUCGGAGCUAACCGAUUUGGAACCGAUUUGAACCGAAAAGUCGGUGAGCGACUCAGUCGUUAUCGGAUUCGGUUGUAGAAUUGGGCAUUACCGAAGCCCUCGAUUCUGCAGUCGGUUCGUUGAUUGUCAAUGCGUUUAGGAUGCCUGUGAUAGAUGUUGUAGAUUUAUCUAGUGACGAUGAAGUUGGGGAGAGAGAGGAGGUGGAUGUGAAACCUGUUAAGUUGGAGCCAGGUCUCAUUGGAAUGCAAUUGCAGCGGAAUGACAAGCCUAAAGCUCGAAUAGCGAAGCAUAAAAUAUCGAAAAACCCGCAUGGGAUUCGAGAAUCUGAAGAAAAAAGGAGCUCAAAUGCUUUAAGUCCCGGUCAUAGUAGCUCUAGUAUAUUAGACCAGGGGCAGUCUCCGGUGGAUGAUACCGGCGUCUCUUCUACAUCAACUUUCAGUCCGGCACCGCUUUGCCGGCAGUUUUGGAAAGCUGGGAGCUAUAAUGACGCUGUUGGUUCUAAAGUCGCAUUUCAAAAUGGCAAAAACUAUCUACAUGUCCAUCCUAUGUUCCUUCAUUCAAAUGCCACUUCGCAUAAAUGGGCGUUUGGCGCCAUUGCAGAACUACUUGACAAUGCAGUUGAUGAGAUACAAAAUGGGGCCACUUUUGUCAUUGUAGAUAAAAUCUUGAAUCCAAGGGAUGGAAGUCCGGCAUUGUUAAUUCAAGAUGAUGGUAGUGGGAUGGACCCUGAAGCCAUGCGGCGUUGUAUGAGUUUUGGGUUUUCAGAUAAGAAGUCAAAAUCAGCCAUUGGACAAUAUGGAAAUGGUUUCAAGACUAGUACCAUGAGACUUGGCGCGGAUGUUAUUGUUUUCAGUCGCCACCAGGAUACAAGGACAUUGACUCAAAGCAUUGGUCUCCUCUCUUAUACAUUCUUGGCACGAACAGGCCAUGACAGAAUAGUAGUACCGAUGGUGGAUUAUGAAUUCAACACAUUAACUAAUAAAUUAGAAGUUAUGCAUGGGAAGGAACAUUUUAUGUCUAAUCUUUCCAUGCUGCUACAAUGGUCCCCAUAUUCAACUGAGGCUGAUCUUCUAAAGCAGUUUAAUGACAUUGGAGCUCAUGGUACAAAAGUUAUUGUCUAUAAUUUGUGGUUCAGUGAUGAUGGGAAUCUGGAGCUAGACUUUGAUACAGAUCCUGAGGACAUUCGCAUUAGUGGGGAUACCAAAAAAGUUGACACUAAAUUUAAGACAGUAAAUGAAGAGCACAUUGCAAACCGUUUCCGUUUUUCUCUCCGUGUAUACUUGUCCAUCUUGUACUUGCGGAUACCACAAACCUUUCAAAUAGUACUUCGAGGGCGAGUUGUUGAGCAUCAUAACAUUGCAAAUGAUCUAAAGUUUCCAGAAUUUAUCUUGUAUAAACCUCAAAGUGGAGGUUCUGUGGAGGGUCAAGUUAUUACGACAAUUGGAUUUCUUAAAGAAGCUCCACAUGUCAGUUUCCAUGGUUUCAAUGUGUAUCACAAAAAUCGUCUAAUACUGCCUUAUUGGCAGGUUGUGAGCUAUUCAGACAGUAGGGGUCGGGGGGUGGUUGGUGUUCUGGAAGCAAAUUUUGUUGAGCCGAGUCACAACAAGCAAGAUUUUGAGAAAACUAAUCUUUUUCAGAAACUUGAAGUUCGCUUAAAGGAGAUGACGUGGGAAUACUGGGAUUAUCAUUGUGGGUUAAUUGGGUAUCAGGUAAAGAAGAAACUUGCGUCACAGGUUUCAUCUGGUCCUAAGAUUACCCAACAGGUUUCAUCUAAUGGUGCGCCACCUAGUGGUGUUCAACAUGUCAGAUUGGGUCAAAGUUUCCCUGCUGUUGGUAGUAAAAAGGAGUCACUUGGAAGAUCUGAACAAGUGGGAGGGAUGAAGAGGAAGGAACAUGGUGAUAUUCUAUCGGUCAAAAAUGUUAAAGUGGCCAAGGUGGUUAACGAGAAGAGUCAGAAUGUACAGCUGGUGAGUCCUACUGGAGACCAGCGGAAAGAUCAAGAAGCUGUAAAUUUGAUGCACGAGAACAAAAAGCUUCGAGCUGACUGCUUGGAAUAUGAGAAGAGGAAUGAAGAACUUAAUCUCAAGGCGACACAGCUUAGAAAUGCAAUAAAAGAGCUCGAUGACGAAUACUCUCGGAUGAUGGCUGAAUUAGAAGCUUUGGAGGCUGUCAAGGAAGAACAGGGAAUAUAAAUGUAAAUAGUGUGUUGUAUCAGCAAUUCUUUCAUUUGUUAAACCUUGCUGUACCAUGUAUGCAUAGGUCGGUGUAGCCUUCAGUUUUCAACCCUUAGGAUGAUUCGUUGCAGCUGAAACCUAGGGUCUGUAAUUUUUUCGUUUUGUUUUCUAAUUGUACCGCCGCUCCCUUUGCGCUUUCCAAUGGAAGUUUGUAUCGAGUUUUACUGAUGAAUUGGAGCCUAGAGCCUGCUAAUUUCACAUCUAGAAAGCAAGUAGCUUUUCUGUCAACAA